AUGUCUAAAGGCAAUGCCUCGCUCAUCUCUCGUGUCUCGUCAUUCCACUCUCCAGCCGGCACCACCGACGGGCGAAUGCACCCCGUCCGCACCCCAUUCGCACCCCGUUCGUAUCCCAUCCGUACCGAGUGUGAAGCGAGUAGCGGCGAUGCGGCGCAAGCACAACAAGUCGCGCACCGGUUGCAAACAGUUGUGGACAGCGCUGGCACGCCCGGCGCUCUCUUUACUGCAACUCACCUCGAGCUCCUCCAUUACUUCCUCAACAGCUUCAAACAAAGCGCCGCGCCGGAUUCCAUUCGCGGUGCGCGUUUUUGCGAUUUUGUUGCCAGAUAUGCCUACAGCACACCCUACCUCCUGGAUCAGGUUCUUGCCUUCUCCGCCGCGCAUAAAAGCACCAUGGUGGACGAUGGCGACGAGCAACAGCAGCAUCAGCGGCGCGAGUUUCUCCUCGCUGAGGCAGUAUACCUCCAGACUAGGGCCUUAACCAAGUUCAACCUUGUCCAACACAACAUUUCAGAGGACAAUUGCCUCCAGGUCUACCUCUUCUCUUCGCUCCUCUCCCAGCAGGCCACGUUCGAGGCGCUCUCGUUCCGCGGAGAGCUGCCGGGCCUUCUGGACCGCCUCGUUAGCUCUCUGGCCUUGUGCCGUGGUGUCAUAGCCGUGACGGCUCUCUGGUGGCGCCCGAUCCGUGUCAAGCUCGCCGCUGAAAUGGGCGAGAGCACUGAUGGCCAGGCCGAAGAAGAGGCCUCCUGGGCUCGCGGCACGCUACCACGGGGUCACUUUGCGAAGAUCCUACAGCUCGUCACACAAAGCAGUCUGAAUCAGUCUGCCAGAGACGCGUGCGGACGUGCCGUCGGGUUACUGCAGCAAAUGGCCGACGAUCAAGCCAGCCUGACCACGCAGCACUUCGAGCAAUCUGCCUUUGUACAAAGAUGGUUGGUCAUGCUGCCCGUCGAGUUCUCAGAUCUCAUCAGCCAGCGAAGGCCUGAGGCGCUCGUCAUCAUGGCCGGUUUCGGACUUAUCGUGUAUAAUGCAAGGGGUUACUGGGACUAUGGAACCUCGGGGCGCCAUCUCGUCGAGUCCAUCGAUCGUUAUCUAGGCCCUUACUGGAAUCCAAUGCUGGAACCGAUCCUGCAAGCAGUACAAGGAUGAUUCUUCAAAGAGUGGCCCCCAGAACUGGUAGCGUUCUAGAAGCUACAGAAGAAUAGAUGUCCAUCAUCUUGACGGGUGGCCAUGUAGUGGUCCGAGCGCUGGGACCAGGGUAAAUAUGGGGACCUCGUUUAGAGUGUGCGAAGGGGUGUGUGCCUGUCCUGUGCGCACAAUUGGACCACUAGAAUGCGCUCCAAAACGAGACCUAUACGAAUAUGCGGGUCAACCCAGGCUGGUGACUAGCUUCCCGCAAUACGUUUGGCUAUGCAAGGACUCAGCAUAGCCCGCUGUAGCCUUCGGUUCGUUUGCGAGCAAGUCCACCAGUCCUGUACCUGAUUCAUGCCGGAUAUUGCAUCCCGCUCCGACACUAAAGGGGCACUUGCUGUUGGUAGUCUUAGUAUUUAAGUUCAGCAUCAGCCUCCGUCGUCAUUGUCUGGCUCAAUUAUAG